AUGCGGAGCCUCUCGCCCAAUGUGGUUGAGCACAUCCUGCAGUGGCUGGACCUCGCCUCCCACCUGCGGCUGCGCGAGGCUAGCACCUUCGACCGCGACGAGACGCCGCGGCGCACUACGACCCUGGCAGCACGGGGCAGCGAGCAGGCGAGGCGAUGCCAGCUGGUUAUCUUUACCCCCGACAAGAAGACCCGCCUUCACAGCAUCACGCUGGACGUCACGGCGCCGAGCAGCGGCAGCAGCAGCAGCAAAUGCGGCAUGGAGCCGACGCAGCACCUGUCGUCCUUCAACUCUUCCUUCUCUUCUUUUCUGGACGAAGCUAGUUGCGCCAAGCGGCGCAACUCGCUCCCCUUGCUGAUCCGGGAACAUCGCCCUGCCGAGAUCAGGUUCAAGAAUAUGGUCCGCGGACGCGAGUUCUCCGAGGCACUCCGGUCGCUCGAACUAAACAUCGACCAAGUCCGCGAGAGCCUUUGCGUCCUCGACUUCGGGCUCACCGCGGGAGGUCCCCGCCCUUACCAAGACCCCCGCUCCCACCACUGGUGCAUGCUAAGGCUUCGGCGGCUGCUUGGGCCUGCCCCACUCGCCGCGGUCGGCGGCGCUGGCGGGGGGAGCGAGGACGAGGGGGAGGGCGCGGUUAACACGGAGCUGGCCCAGCUAACCGUAGAGCUCAUCGGGGCCGCCAACGCCGCUAUGCUAGUGCCGCACUUGAUUCACGGGCUCACGGGUGAGGAGCAGGGUGCCGGGGAUACACCAAGCGCGGAGGAGUUUAGGCCGGCGGCGGCGACGCUUGGGGCGCAAGUGGGAGGGUUGAAGGCCUACUGGCCGUGCUUGCGUGAGCUCAUGCUGUCGUGUGGAAUCAUGCGUGGGGACCUCGAAGACUUGGCAGGGUGCUUAGGAAGGUGA